AUGGCCUUCCUCGAGGACCCGCGUCUGCGCCAACGGUGGAACCAAAUCUCCCACAACGCAGGAGAGGUGACGGAAAAUGCAGCUGCCGGCAUCUGGAGCUUUCAGCAUCACUACAUCAAUCCCUGCUUCGCCUCCAUCGCUCACUCACUAGAACAAUGCGCCAAUCCCUGUCUGGGUGACCACGAAGAGCGGGCGAGGAAACGUCGAGAACGAGAACGCGCGGGCGGCCGGGCGGAAUACAGCUUCGACUUUUACGACGACUGGUAUGCCGAGGACCAGGACGGCGGGUUUCUGGGUGGCUGGGGGAACGAUGACUGGGAUCGCCUGCUCGCGGGUACUGGGUCGCAACGAAAGCAUGCAGGCGAGGUGCAAGACCAGCCCAAGAGGAAAAGAGGGAUGAGCUACGGCACCCGAGGCAGAGGAUCUAAAGUAUUAGAGUCCGACCCAACUGUCAUCCCCAGCACGCAGCCCAUUGGGUUUCUGAGCAAGCUGCCGUGGAAGCUGGGUAAGACGCUCCGCUACAAGCCCAGCGCGGCGGAUCUGCAAGACCACCCGCGGCAGCACGACGAGAUGGGCAUGGGCGAGACGGAGCCUCUGCUUGGGGGCGAUUCCGAUGACGAUGCUUUCCAGAGCCGGGCCACCACGACUAGGAGUCGAAGUGGAACAACGGGAUCGGGCGUGUCGUCGGAUUCUUAUCGGUCGCGGGGUGAUCUAUUCCCUAGUGACGGGGAGGGCGACGAAGACGCCGUGCCGCUGGACGACGAGUUCAUGGUCUUGGAUAAAGUUCGAGAUGACCACAGCAGCAGCCGGACGAAAUCCAGCAAGGGUAAGAGGCGCGCUGACGGCCGGUCGAUAUCAAGGACGGUGUCAAGGGCCACCAUCGACUCGAACCACUCAAUGCUCGGUCCGGGGGUGCGGAGAAGUUCAACGAGCGUGCCUACAACGCCCGAUACGCCGGCGGCGCCCUCGAUGGAGGCUUCGAUGGAGGAGCUACAGAUGGAGGAGGAGCGCAUCCGGGAAGAAGAAGAUAAGGAGGUGGAGCGCAAACGACAGGCCGCCUUGCAGCUCGCAUCCGAACGGGGGUUGCACGACGGCUUUGAAGGCGGCACAGCUGAGGAUUCGGAUCCAAAGUUCGACGUGGACGAGGCGUCAGAGCUUCUGGGCAAAUACACACCUGCGUCCAAUACGGAGGACGCACACGGCAAAGCGCCUGUUAUCCGUUCCAUGACACAGCAUAUUAUACCGACCGAAGAAUUCGUUCCCGCCCGGUUACCGAGCUUCAGGUAG